CUGCCCCUCAAGUGACAAUCUACCAGUACACUGCACGACGCGAGUGAGUACUAGUCUCAAUCCCUCUCUGACUCCUUAAUAGCCUUGUUGUACUUGCAUCUUCACCAUGAAACUCACGUCCACCCUUGUGCUUUCGUUCAUUGCCACUGCGCAAGCAGCAACAUCACUUUCUAAGCCAGUCCUGCCCAGCGGAAUUCCAGCAACAAGCGGCCUGCCUUCGAGCACCCUCUCUCUAGACACCACAUCUUUUACUUCGUUUAUUUCCUCUAUUCUCUCAUCCGGCACUAUCCCUGCUUCCCUUCCUACCACCAUUCCUACUUCCCUUCCUACUUCCUUCGGCAUUCCCACCGUAACGUCUCCUUCGUCUGGUGGAUCUACAUCAACUGCGACAAGUGCACCAGCUGCGACAACUUCCAGCGGUGCAGGACGAACAGAGGCGGGGAUGGGGCUGGGAUUGGCUGCCGGAGCUGCUGCGGGCUUGCUUGUGUUGUUCUAAUUAAUGAAUACAUUUUUGGUGGUGAAGCAUGUACGUAUUCAUGCGGGAAUAUCACGUUCAGGGGUAAAAGUUGGAAGGUCUCACGUGUGCUGCGGACCUAUAUUUCUUUAUCCAACGAUAUUGCAAUAGACUUUUAUAAUUAACGGACGCGCCCUCGGCAGCCGUGCAAGAUAGUUCUCCUGUAUCGAAAUGAGCUUGUCAGACUCAUCCUUGCAAUUCUCUGUCAUCUAUAAAUCUAGCACUGGCCACAGCGCUGUCUUCCAUGGACUUUAUUUCAACUCUCAAUCUCAACUACCCGAUACACCACAAGACACGAGCUUUCUGUGUCUUCGCUGGU